UCAAUUAAAAGAGAUUUUGAGACAGGCAAUUUUUGAGAAUGAUAGUUUUUAUUCUGUCAGUGGUAGAAUAGUGCCUACAUAUUACAGGGAAAAUAAGUGGCCAAAGAUGACAGUUGUGAUUUCGGCAUGUGUAACAACUCUCAGCAAAGUUUCUAAUUCAAAUAAGUGUCCAUUAAAAGUCUCCUUGAUAGGUGUUCCUCAAGAAAUGCCAUGCACAGUUGGAACUGAUGAAAAUGUCAUUUUUAAUGUAUUGGUUAACAACUAUGCCAGCCAAGAAU